AUGGUUCAACUAGAACCAUCCAUCGUAAAUAUAAAUGAAGUAGACUUUGUUACCAAAUCUGGCUUCUCUACAGCUGUUCUGACAUUAAAUUCAGAGCUUGGGAAGGUUUGUGCUGUCAGAAAAUGCGACGACAAGUAAGUGAUCUUAUUAUUUAUUUGUUUUUGGUCGUUUUAUAUUGUGUUUUUAUUGGUUUCUUUGCAGAGCCGUUGAGAGAAAGUUCUACAUUGUGGAGUUUUACAAUGUUGUCAAUCUUCCCGCCAUGUUUGUGGAAGUACAGUUUUCGUUUGUUGAUAUUAUCAUAGAAACAGCUGUUUGGGUAAAUCAGAAAGUAUUGUUGGGUUGUAACAAUGGCUCUGUGCUUCUAGUGUCGCCUUUUGAAACAAAAUAUAAGGUAAGUUAUCUUAAUUGUAUAGUUUAUUGUUUAGAGAUUUCCAUUAGCGGUUUCUGGAGUCAUAGCGUCGGCGGCAUUGUCGGUUACACAAGUUGUGGUGGCUACAGAAUCUAGCGAACUUAAAUUUCUGGAAUUUGACAAGGAUGACCAAAUGGAAGUCAAGAAGACCGUUGUUCUGAAUUCUGAUCAAAGGGUUACAGCUCUGGCGAUGUCCCCAAAGAGAUCGUUAUUGGCUGUUGGAUUGGUCAAUUCUUUGAUUUUCUUGAACAUUGAGACCAAUAAACAGAACUUUGUCCAUGUUCCAGCUCAUAACAACAAGAACACUGUUGUGUGGUCUUUGGUGUUUUUGUAAGUUUUAAAUCGUUUUUUAAUUAGAAAACAAGUUAAAAUGUUAACAUUUGUUACCUAUUUUAGGGAUGAGUUAUUGUUCAGUGGCGAUUCUAGAGGAAAAGUGACGAUCUACAACGCAAACUCUUUCGGAGUUAUUAAAGUAUGACUCUUUACAUUUACAAAUCAUUUUUAUUAUAUUAAGGUAGUAACUUUAAUUAUUAUGUCAAGCAAAUUUUGAGUUUGCAGUUUCUAUUGAUGUUUGCAUUUUUAGAUCGUUCAAACGCACGAGACAGAUGUAUUGUCCUUGUGCACUGAUGGUGAGAACGUGUUUGCAUCUGGAGUCGACUACAGAAUCCAAGUGUUAAAGAGCACAGCAUCUGUUAAUGUAUGUUUUACCUCAUUCUUACGAUUAAUAAUUAAUAAAAAAAGUUUUUAAAAGUUAGUUGUUAACAAUUUUUAUACAAAUUUUGUAUAUUUUAGGCUAGAUCUGAUUGGAAUACAGUAGGGCAGAGAAUAAUUCACAAGAACGAUGUGACAUCUAUGGUGGCAUUAGGGUCAUGGUUAAUAUCUGGUGGGGCUGAACACGAAAUACUCAUCUCGAAUGCUCGGUUUCAUUUUUAUUAUGCUAAAGAAAAGGUAACUUUUAAAAAUAUUUAUUUUCUUAGCGACAAAUUGUAAUAAUUUUGAAUUUUAGGAUUCAAUACUUGUAAGAUUAAAAAUAAUUUUUAGAGUUUGGUGCAAAGCAAUCAGACCCAUUUGUUGAACACUCAACUACAAGCAGUUGAGUUGUGGAAGUUACACUCGUCUAUGUCGGGUGCUUCGUGCUUUGGAAACUCUUUUGUAUUCAGCAAGGAUUCUCUACAAGCACCGUCACGACUUCUGAAGCUGGCUACACCGAAAAGUGCCAUUAUUUUUGAUUCUUCUGCAGCUCCAGACUUUAAACACGUUGUUUUGUACACUUCAGAAGGCUUGUUGAUUUACUCCGUGAAUGAAGCCAAAGACACCGUAAAAGUGGAGAGGAUUCUUCGAGUGAAAUCAGAAGAAAUUGGAAAUGUUACGGCUUUGGCAGCUUUCAAAAGUGGAGUUUAUGUAACCAGAGGAAACUUGGAGGUCGUCAAGAUCAGUUACAAAACGAAGAAAGUCGAGAAUGUGGCUCUGGCUGGUAUGUUUUAAUUUUUGAGCUAUUAUAAUAUUGUUUUGAUAGUAAUUUUUUUACUUUAUCGAAUGUUAUUAUAGACGGCGCUGCCAUUGUUAGAAAGUUGACGACCGAUUCUGAAGGCAAAGUUCUGGCUGGAAUUGAUACUCGAUGUCAAGUUUUCAAAGUGGAUUUGAAACCCAAGACUGACUGUGAUGUAAGUAAUAUAUUAUACUCUCUUAUGUUGUUUAUGAGUUUAUGACAUUUUUUCCUAAAAUCAAUUUUACAUUUUUUCUAAUUAAACACUUCAAAGACAAGUUUAAUAUACUUUACCAUUUCAGGAGAGGAUAGUCUACUUACCAUGCAAAGAUGUUGUGUCCGACCUUGUUUUACUGGGUAAAGCUCACAAAACCCUAUUGGCACUAACGCCGGGAACAGAAACAAAACUUCGAUUGAUUGAUUCAGACGGCGAGAAGGCCAGGAUUCUGAAGUUGUCUUCUAUUUUUGAGGAUCACGUUAGAGAGAUUUGUUGUGGGCUAUCUGAAUGUUCAGAUGAUUGUGUUGUGCUGAGUGGAAGUCAUGGUAACAUCGCGAUCCUGGAUGGUCUUUCUCAGGUAAUUACUACAAUAUUUAAACUUCGUAAGAAUCUAAAUUGUUUUGCUUACCACUUUAGAGAAUUUUAAUAGGCUGGCAAUUUUUAUUCAUUUUUAACCAAGCCAUUUGUGUUUUAUAAAAUAAUUGACGUAGUAUCAUAAGAUGUUAUUGUGGACUUAAACCUAAAAACGAGAUGAGGGUGCUUUCGUACGUGUGAAUUCAAGUAUUUUUUUAGAAAAAACACAAUUUACAAUUGGUCCAGCGAUGUCCGGACUCCACAAAAGAAGGGGAAGAGCACAAGUUACGGUAUCCGACCCAACAAGACGUCUACUGGGGCACCGAUAUAAAGGAAUCUAAGGCUGUUGUACUGUGCAACCACCACUCGAACGCCCUUCCCUCCAGGGCACCCUUCAAAAUCAGGAGAUACGGCCGUGUCUAA